ACAGCGGCGCAACACCAGGGCUUUGCUUCUGGAGGAAAGCCGCGGCUGCCCCCUGGCUCAGCCUCCACGUCAGCCCCAGCGAGGGGCACGGAGAAGAAAAGAGCCUCAGCAGUGGUCUGGUGGAGUGGAGGAAGAAAGAGGACCCUAGCGCUCAUGCAUUGGGCAAGGAAUGUGAAGACUCAAGCAGAAUGGAUCCGUCAGUGGUGGCAAGAUCUAUGGUAGCCUUCGUGGAGGGUAUGACAUGCAAUUCUUGUGUUCAGACCAUUGAACAACACAUUGGGAAACUGAAUGGAAUUCACAAUAUCAAAGUAUCUCUAGAAGAAAAGAAUGCAACCAUUAUCUAUGACCCCAGACUUCAGACUCCAGACUCCCUUCAGGAAGUUAUAGUUGACAUGGGAUUUGAUGCUACCCUGGCUGAUUCAGACCCACAACCUGUUUUACUUGACACUACUUUUCUAACCAUUCCUACUCAAUCACAUGUAACAUGUGAACAGAUCUGUAAUGCCCUACUAAAGAACAAAGGUAUCUUGGAUGUUAAAAUUUCCUCUGACCAAAAAACUGCAGUUGUGACAUUCAUUUCUUCCAUUAUAAAUGGCAACCAGAUUAUUCAAAUGGUGCCAGGCAUAGAUUUAAAUACUGCAGCACCAGAGAAGACAUCAGGGACUGGUGAAGAUUCCAGUUGGUCCCAAGCAUGUGAUGUUGUGCUAAGGAUGAAGGUAGAGGGGAUGACCUGUCAUUCUUGCACCAGCACCAUAGAAGGAAAGAUUGGCAAAUUGCAAGGGGUACAGCGGAUUAAAGUCUCCCUGGACAAUCAGGAAGCUGUUAUUGUGUAUCAACCUCAUCUAAUUACAGCAGAGGAAAUCAAAAACCAAAUUGAAGCUGCAGGUUUCACAGCAAUCAUCAAAAAACAGCCCAAACCCAUCAAGCUGGGUGUUAUUGAUGUGGCACGUUUAAAGAACACCCAAACCAAAUUUUCAGAGGGAACCCUUCAAAAAAGUCCAAAGCAUAUUAAUGACUUAAAGGCCAUUGUUUUCAGAGUCGAUGGCAUGCACUGCAAUUCGUGUGUCUUAAAUAUCCAGAGCAGCAUAUCAGCACUCCCAUCUGUAGCAAGCAUAGUAGUUUCUUUAGAGAAGAAAACAGCUACUGUAAAGUACAACCCAGACUUCAUCAGCAUAGAAGCACUGAGAAGAGCCAUAGAGGCAGUAUCACCAGAGACGUUUAAAGUCAGUCUUCCUGAUGAAUAUGAAAACGUCGAGCUUUUCAGCGCACAGAUAUCUCCAAUGAAACCUUCUCAGACAGCUUUAAACAGCACCAACCAGUCCGUUACUCAAGUUACUGUGGUAAAUAUUGAGGGAAUGACUUGUAAUUCUUGUGUGCAAUCUAUUGAGGGAGUCAUUUCCCGAAAGCCAGGUGUAAAAUCAAUAUGUGUCUCUCUUGUGAAUCAUAAUGGGACUAUAAAAUAUGAUCCUCUCCUAACUUGUCCAGAAGACUUAAAAUCUGCAAUAGAGGACAUGGGAUUUGAUGCUUCCUUAUCAGCAAAGACAGAACCAUUGGUGUUAAUAACUCAGCCUUCACUGGAAGUGUCGUUAGAUUCUCAGGAUAAUAUGCUUUACAUAACAGCACCGCACUCCAAAGUGUCACCAGUCCAUGAUGAUAAACAGGUGGCAAAGACUCCAUCGAAGUGCUACAUCCAGGUCACUGGCAUGACCUGUGCUUCCUGCGUGGCAAAUAUUGAGAGAAAUUUGAGAAGAGAAGAUGGAAUAUGUUCUGUGCUUGUUGCUCUAAUGGCAGGGAAGGCAGAAGUGAGGUAUGACCCUGCUAUCAUACAGCCAUCAGUCAUAGCAGGUCUAAUCCGUGAAUUGGGAUUUGGAGCUACUGUUAUGGAAAACUAUGAUGGAGAUGGAAUUCUAGAACUUGUUGUGAGAGGAAUGACCUGUGCCUCAUGUGUACAUAAAAUAGAAUCCACUCUUAUGAAGACUAAAGGUGUAUUAUACAGCUCAGUGGCUCUUGCAACCAACAAAGCACACAUUAAAUAUGAUCCUGAGAUUGUUGGUCCUCGAGAUAUUAUACAAACAGUAGAGGAUUUAGGUUUUGAGACUUCUUUAGUCAAGAAGGACAGAUCUGCUAGCCAUCUAGACCACAAACAAGAAAUAAGGCAAUGGAAAAGAUCUUUUCUUGUGAGUCUCUUUUUCUGCAUUCCUGUAAUGGCGCUGAUGAUUUACAUGAUGGUUAUGGAUAGCCACCUCGCAGAUGUUCACCAGCAUCGCAAUAUGAGCAAGGAGGAAAUGGAGGCCUAUCACUCUUCUAUGUUCUUGGAGUAUCAGGUCCUGCCAGGAUUGUCUGUAAUGAAUUUGCUGUCUUUUAUAUUGUGUGUCCCUGUUCAGUUAUUUGGAGGCUGGUACUUCUACAUUCAAGCAUACAAAGCACUGAAGCAUAAAACUGCUAACAUGGAUGUGCUGAUUGUUUUGGCAACCACCAUUGCAUUUGUCUACUCCUUCGUCGUUGUUCUAGUUGCAAUGGCUGAAAAAGCAAAAGUGAAUCCUGUGACGUUCUUUGAUACACCUCCUAUGCUAUUUGUGUUCAUUGCAUUGGGCCGGUGGUUAGAGCAUAUGGCAAAGGGUAAAACAUCAGAAGCCCUUUCAAGACUAAUUUCGCUACAAGCUACAGAAGCAACUCUGGUUAACCUAGGACCAGACAACAUUCUUUUGAGUGAAGAUCAGGUUGAUGUUGAACUGGUUCAACGGGGUGAUAUUGUCAAAGUAGUUCCAGGAGGCAAAUUCCCAGUUGAUGGCCGUGUUAUUGAAGGACAGUCCAUGGUAGAUGAGUCCCUCAUCACAGGUGAAGCCAUGCCUGUCGCUAAAAAACCUGGCAGUACAGUUAUUGCAGGUUCUAUUAAUCAGAAUGGGUCACUGCUGAUCUCUGCAACUCACGUCGGAGCUGAUACAACUCUCUCUCAGAUUGUCAAACUUGUGGAGGAGGCACAAACCUCAAAGGCUCCAAUCCAGCAAUUUGCAGACAAACUUAGUGGCUAUUUUGUUCCUUUUAUUGUGGCUGUCUCUGUGCUUACCCUUUUUGCUUGGAUUGUAAUUGGAUUUGUCAAUUUUGAAAUUGUGGAAACAUAUUUUCAUGGUUACAAUAAGAGCAUUUCCAAAACCGAAGUAGUAAUCCGCUUUGCUUUCCAAGCCGCCAUCACAGUUUUGUGCAUUGCCUGUCCUUGUUCAUUGGGAUUAGCAACCCCAACAGCUGUAAUGGUGGGGACUGGGGUAGGAGCUCAGAAUGGCAUAUUGAUCAAAGGUGGAGAACCGCUAGAGAUGGCACAUAAGGUAAAGGUGGUUGUAUUUGAUAAAACAGGAACCAUUACCCAUGGAACUCCAGUAGUGAUGCAGGUGAAGAUUCUAGUGGAGGAUAACCAGAUGCCACGUAAUAAGAUUUUGGCAAUAGUGGGGACUGCUGAGAGUAACAGUGAACACCCUCUGGGGACAGCAAUAACAAAAUACUGCAAGAAGGAACUUGACUCAGAAAUCCUUGGAACCUGUACAGAUUUUCAGGUAGUAGCAGGCUGUGGCAUUAGCUGUAAAGUCACCAAUAUUGAAGAAUUGCUGUACAGGAGGAAUGAGAAAGUUGAAGAAAAUAAUAUUAAGAAUAUAACACUCAUAAAAGUUGAUGAGAACUUUGAGGACUCAAUGCAACCUGCCUUGAUUAUUGAUGCCCAGUUGCCAACUACCUUGAAUCAUCAAAAGUAUUCUGUUCUCAUUGGAAACCGGGAAUGGAUGAAUAGAAAUGGCCUUCUUCUUAAAAGCAAUAUUGAUAAUGCCAUGAUUGAACACGAACGUAGAGGUUGCACUGCAGUCCUUGUAGCUGUUGAUGGAGUGCUGUGUGGCUUGAUAGCUAUUGCUGAUACAGUGAAACCUGAAGCUGAAUUGGCAGUCCACGUUUUGAAGACUAUGGGUUUAGAAGUUGUUUUAAUGACAGGAGACAACAGUAAAACAGCAAGAUAUAUUGCCUCUGAGGUUGGCAUCACCAAAGUGUUUGCUGAGGUUCUUCCCUCACACAAAGUAGCCAAAGUGAAACAGUUACAAGAAGAGGGCAAGCGGGUAGCAAUGGUGGGAGAUGGUAUCAAUGAUUCCCCCGCUCUUGCCAUGGCAAAUGUUGGAAUUGCAAUUGGUACAGGCACUGAUGUAGCCAUUGAGGCAGCAGAUGUGGUUUUAAUUAGGAACGAUUUGUUAGAUGUGGUGGCAAGUAUAGAUUUAUCAAGGAAAACCGUCAGAACAAUCCGGUUCAACUUUGUCUUUGCUCUGAUUUAUAAUCUCGUGGGAAUUCCUGUUGCUGCUGGUGUCUUUCUGCCAGUUGGUAUCAUUUUGCAGCCGUGGAUGGGCUCUGCUGCAAUGGCUGCCUCUUCUGUUUCCGUUGUGUGUUCUUCUCUGUUGCUAAAGUUCUACAAGAAACCAAGUUAUGAGAAAUACGAGCUCCGUGCCCGUGGCUAUAUGAGACAGAAGAGCUGUUCGGAAAUCUGUGUCCAUGUUGGAAUUGAUGAUACUGGGACAGCUUCUCCCAAACUUAGCCUAAUGGAUCAAAUAAUCAGUUAUAGUAGAGCCUCGCUAAAUUCCCUGUUCUCAGAUAAACGCUCCCUCAACAGCUUAGUUCUCAGUGAACCAGAUAAGCACUCACUUCUAGUGGGAGAUUUCAGAGAAGAAGAAGACACAGCAUUAUAAAAAGCUCUUAAAAAGGUACAGUUGGCUAGAAUUCUGUAUGCACUGA